AUGCGCCCCCAGAGAGGCGGCCGCCCCCCGGCGUCGCCCCCCCAGACGGUGAAGCAGCUCCUGAAGGUGCUGAGGCAGCAGCAGGGCGCCGGCGAGCGGCCGCCCCCCCCCGCGGCCGCCGCCCCCUUUGGCCCCCCCGGGCCCGCCUGGGCCCUGCCGGUGCCAGGCGGGGGCCCGCAGGGGUCCGGGGGGGCCCCGCUGGGGCCGUCGCCCGACCCCGACCCUGAGCCCGAGCCGGCCCCGGCGGAGCUGGCGGCCGCCCGUGCCGCCGUCCGCGCCAUGGACCCCCGGGAGCUGCUGCGGCAGGACGAGGAGGGCGACACGCUGCUGCACGUGCUCUGCGCCCGGGGGCUGCGGGCGCGCCGGGCGGUGGCCGAGGCCUUCGAGGCCCUGGGGCAGCUGGAGCUGCGGGAGCAUCGCGGGAAGACGCCGCUGCUGGUGGCGGCGGCGGCGGCGGCCGCGGGGGUCGUGGGCGACCUGCUGGCGCUGGGGGCCGACGCCGACGCCGCCGACCACGGGGGCCGCACCGUGCUCCACCUGGCCGCCGCCUACGGGCUGCCCCACGUCCUCCGGGCCGUGAUGGCGUCCGGGGUCCCCGUGAACGUCGAGGCGAGAAACUUCGAAGGCCAGACCCCCCUGCACUGCGCCGCGCUAUCCCACAAUGCCUCGCUGCGGCCGGGGGGCGGAUCCGGGGGGGCCCCGACCCCCCAGGAGCGAUUGCUCUGCGUCGAGCUGCUGCUGCGCAUGGGAGCCGACUGCACGAGCCAGGACAUGAAGAGCAGCCAGACCGUGCUGCACUUGGCCGUGCGAGGGGGCAACCUGGCCCUCACCCACCUCCUGCUGCGCCAGCCCGGGGUGGCCCCCCGCCUCGUCAACAUGAAGGCCCACGGCAACACCCCCCUGCACAUGGCGGCGGCGCUGCCGGGGGGCCCCAGCCAGGAGCCCCUCGUGCGCCUGCUGCUGGCUUGGGGGGCCGACCCGGGCGCCCGCAACCUGGAGCACGACCUGCCCCACGGGCUGCUGCCCCCCGGCCCCCCCGGCGACCAGCUCCGCCUCCUCCUGAAGAGCCGCCGCUCCGCCCGCCGCCCCUCCCCCGCCUCCUAG